GACUCUACCUUGGACAGUCGUUUGCCUAAUCCAAGGCAAUCUGUUCUGUGGUCUGAUGAACUGCUGGGUGGAUCGCGAUCUGGUGAAGUUAGAGAUGGAGCAUUUAAAGGCUGGAUGCUUGAAAAUAAAUCUCGAGUAAUCAGACGAGCUGUUGGAGCGAGUUCUAGGCCGAUGAGUGUGACUUCGUUCCUCGCGUUUAUUGGCUCUUCUAACAUUCAGCAGCUCCUGGGAUCUCCCGCCGCACAGAGACGCUGUCCUAUACCAAGAACUUGGCAAACUCUUGAGCUCGUACAUGGUAGUCCGCAUGUCUUCGUCGGUGGAGAUAUGGUGCUCCUUGCGAACUCUGCUAACGAUCCCGCUUUCUUUCUACAUCACUGUUUCAUCGAUUACAUUUGGGAGACGUGGCGACAGGCAAAACAGGUCAAGCAGCAAGAUCGAGAAAGUGAGUAUCCAAGGGAUGACUCUCGAUGUAGCAGUGCUGCCCAUUUUGCUCGUGCUCCCAUGCUUCCAUUUUCACCUAUGUUAAAUAUCGAUGGCCUAAGCAACGAGUACACAGGUAGUUUUUAUCUCCUUAUUAUCUCUAUCGGUACGCUGGGCGACCCACCUGCUCACACAACAAUCGCAAUUGCGGAUCGAGGUAAGCCGCACAAACUAUCCGCAUGCGUAUGCUUAUAA